AUGGCAGGAAAUCAAACCUUCAAAGGAUUUAUGAAUGCAAUUAACGUGCCAGAUUUUUCAAUCAUGAAUAUCGAGAAUGCACUUAAUUACGUAAUGGGAAUUUCAAAUGUUAAAAAUAUUUUCAGAACACUCCCAGAUACUUCUAUUCGUGCACAAGUUAUUAAGCAAGUUAUUAAGCUUAAAGUUGAUUCGAGUUCUACUGUUGUAUGGGAAAUUACCAAUGAUAUAUUUGAAGUCAAAAGUGCAUUUAUUUAUCCAGUUUUAACAGAACUUUCAAAUUUACGAUAUUCUUCUGGAAGAUUCGAUAACCUUGUUCCGACCAUUGUGAAAAUUAUGAUUAAUAACCCUCGACUUACAAAUAUGAAGGUUAUUGUUGAGAUUAACGAUGAAUCUAAUCAUGAAUUCACGUGGCAACCUGAAAUUUCAAAAGUUUUUCAGGAAAGAUCUGUACAUGACUAUCUUUUGAAUACAAGGGUUCCGCGAGAAAGUUGGAGCACUAUCAACCUUAGUUCACUACUUAAUAUAAUGAUGCCAAGAUUAUCAGGAUCAUCAGAAUUAUCAGAAUUCUUUCCUUUACCACUUGAGUCGAUAUCAUUAUUAAAUCGAAUAAUUAAUAGAGAAUUUUCAGAAAUAGAUUUUUUAUUUGGUUUAACAAAAUCGAAUGUAGUAGUUCGUAAAGCCAAAUUAAUUUUGAAUUCAGAAAUGAUGAACACAAGCAUUAAGCUUGAUGCCACGGAAAUUUCAAAGCUUACGAAUUUAAAAGUUACGAUCACUGGUCUAGAUGCAGAUAAACAAAGCGUAGAAUUUGAAGCCAGUGCAAUGAUCAAAGAUCUUGAAGUCAAGGUGUUUACACAUAACGAAUAUGAACAAUUUAUAUCGAUAAAGUUUAAAAAUUGUACCCCUCUUUCUAAAAUUGUGACAACUAUAUUAGACGCUACAAAAAUAAAAACAUUUGAUGAUUUAAUAGUUCCUUUGCAUGAUAUAAACUUGAAUGAUUUCCUAAGAAUCAAUAAAAAUAUUGAAUUUGGUAUGUCAUUUAGUCCAAUAACAGAACAACCAACGAUGGAUUAUAAGUUAAACAAUAUUUAUAUUAUUUCAAAUAACAAUAAUAUUUCUCGAACAUGGUUGUCUCGAUUACCUUCUCAAAUUAAACCGGUUGGAAGUCUUAAUGAAACUAUCAAGAUAUCAAUAUAUGAUCCAUUAGAUAUAGCAAAAUUGACAGUCGGUUUAGAAAUUAAAUUCUAUAUUUCUAUUAAAGAUACUUCAAUAAAUCUUUCUGCAAAACUUGCAUAUCGACCAAUAACGCCAGAACAGUAUAUUAUUACUAUUGAAUCACCGAAUUCAGAUUCAGACAAUCCUUUAACAAUUAAACAACUAUUACAAAGCUUAAGUCUCUAUGAUACGUUUAUUAAACUAAAAGAAUUUGCACCAGUUAUCUGGAAUAAUAUUGUUAAACAAGCAAAAAGGAUUGAAUUUCGAUGUCUUAAGUUGCAAAUUCAAAAAUUAUCAAAUAAACAAGUAACCGAAUACAAAAUUAAUAAAUUCCAACUUAAUAUCUCAAUUCCAAGUUUUGAGAUUAAAAAAGAUUUAAUUGAAUUUAAACAAACAAAUCUCGAACUUGAAUAUUCAGAUAAAAAAUGGGUUGGAAAAUUCAAUGGAAUAGUUAUGAUAGAUAAGAAAUAUAAUUGUUUUAUUAAAUAUUUGGCACCCACAAGAGAUUACCCUGGAAAUUUAUUCAUCGAAAAUUUUUCAAAAAAUUUUACAUUAUCAGAAAUUUUUCGAAUUUUUGAAUUUGGGGAUAUUUUAGAGAUUCCAAUUCUAAAUUUACUUUCGAGCACCAAUAUUUCGAUAAUCAAGGUUAAGUUGGCUAAAAACUCGGUUUUUUCUAUUCAAGAAUUAUCUAUUGAUCUCAAAGUGGAUAGUGAUCUAAAAUUGGAACCUUUAACAAUCAAUCAAUUGAAAAUACAUAUAUUUUAUUCUCGUGUAAAGGAUAAAGGUAGUUUAACGAAUUUGGAAUUUAAUAUUGAAGGUAAUAUUAAUGAUAUAUUCAAAGCAAACUUGAGCUAUGAUAAUAAAAAACAUCAAGUUCGAGCUAAUUUAUCACCUUUAUCACCUUACAAAGAACAAAAUCUUGCAAAAACUGUUGACUUGUUGAUACCUUCGACAAAAACUUUUAAUAAUUCUAUAUUUAAUAAAAUAUCUAAUUAUACUAUAACAUCAGUUGACUUGAUCAUAGAUGGUAUAAGUAAAAUUGAUAAAAUUAUUAGUUCAUAUGUCAAAGAGUUUUCAAUUGAUGUAAAAGGAGAACUAAUUCUCGGAGAAAACAAUCUUGAUAAAUUGGUACUAAAAUAUUGCAAAGAAACGAAUAAUGGUACACUAUUUAAUUUAGAAGCUAUCAUAUCUCGUCAGAAUUCAUUACAACCACACGUAAAUAAUUUCAAAGCAAAAAUAAUAAUCGAUUGUAAAAGUAAAGAUGAUAGCAUGAUAGUGAAAGCUUCAAUCUUACCACUUGAACAAACUUCCUUAUCUUUAAUUGAUUUAUUAAAUCUUGUCACGGGAGAAUGUCAACCUAAGUUACCUAAUUUACCAGAUUUACCAGAUUUAACAAUGUUUGAUAACCUUAAAGUCGAAGAUGAAAGUUUUGUCGAAAUUUCAUUGCAACAAUUUCAGAUCAUUAAAUACACUAUUUUAGUAAAAAGUGACACUUCCUAUAAACUGCUAGAAGAGCCUUUAAUUAAUUUAGAGUCUGUUGGAGUAUUAGUUAAAUAUGAUCGUAACAAGACAAAAGAUAAAAUGUUUGAAGGAAUAAUAUUCGGAACAUUUACUCCUAAUGAUUUAAUUAGAAUUUUAUUAGUAAUCACAAAAUCUGAAAAAGUCGAUGGUGACAUUGUCAUUGCGAGUGCAUUAGCUACCACUAAUGAAAAGGUAAUUUACUUUUCAGACAUUGCGAAAGUAUUUAUACGAUGGCAAGAUAAUAAUGAAUGGUUAAAGCACGACAUGAAACAAUUGGAAUUUAAAGCAUCAUUACCAAAUGAACUCUAUGGAAUACCAAAUGAACUUUAUGGGUUGAUUUGCAAUCAAUUCGUUUCCUCCAAUCCAGAAGCUUAUCUUUAUAUUAAUAUUACAAAAAAGGUUAUUGCAUUAUUUACAAAAAUUGAAUUAAUUGGAGAUGCCUUACUUUUGGUUAAAAAAUCGUCUAAAGUUGAAGAUGAUUUUGAAGACUAUUUUAAAGAUGAUUUUGAAGAUUAUUUUAAAGAUGAUUUUGAAGAUGAUUUUAAAGACGAUUUUGAAGAUGAUUUUGAAGACGAUUUUGAAGAUGAUUUUAAAAACGAUUUUAAAGAUGAUGAUUUUAAAGAUCAUUUUAAAGAUGAUUCUAAAGAUAAUAAAUGGGAAUAUAUUUUUGCUGUUAACACCCGUGAAGGAUUUAAGUUCACAGAUAUAUUUAAUUCAUCAAAUGAUAUAGAUGACGUAUUACCACUUACGCGAGGAAUUCUUUUAUUAAACUCAAACAAAACAUUUAAAACAUUCGAUCAAGUUAAGGAUGAACUAAAUGGCCCAAUUUUGAUAGUCAAGGAUAUUUUAGCAUCAUCAAAUAUUAAAAAUAUUAAUAUUAAUCCACUUAUUACAAUUGAAUUACCAACUAAUCGCGAUGAUGUUUACGCUCCAUUGAAAAUAUUAAAACCUGGAUUCAGUUUGUAUGCCGAAUUAAAUUAUAAUAUACCAUUUCAUACAUUGUUGAGUAAUUUUUAUGCUACGUGCAUUUUAGAAUCACAAUACCCAGAAGUCAAAUUUGUGACAUUUAUAGGUACUGAUGGUUCGUCAAAUAGUGAAUUCAAUGCAGAAAUCACGAAUUUAACAUUUUAUGGUGGUUUGAGUUUUGAAUUUAUUCGGUUAAAGUUUGUACCAAAUUAUAAGAAAUUAAUAAUUAGUGGUAAUUUGAAUUUUGAGAAAUUCUUGAAAACAAAUUGUAUAAUGAGUGGUGAUUUGGUAAUCGAAGAAAAAACUUCUAAAUUUAGUAGUAAAAUAUCUAGAAUUUAUGAACCAUUUGAAAUGAGUGGAGUAAACUUUGAAAACGUUUAUUUCGAAAUUAAAUUCGAUUAUUCAAAUAAUUCUGAUAAAGAAAAUAAAGAAAAGACUACAACUUUGACAAAAAGCAAAAAAUUAAAAAAGAGUAAAUACAAAUUGAAAGGAACUGUUAAUCUCUGUUUCUUAGAUAAAUCAAUAAAAUUAACAGGAGAUAUACUAUUUCUGAGAGGCACACCAUGCGUUAGCAGGGUAAUACUUGAAAAAGAAGUUAGUAUUAAACAUUUACUCUCUGUAAUAUUUUCCAAGGAUCAAGAUUGGCCUCAAGAAUUCCCAGACAUUUCUUUUAGUGAUGGUGAACUAUACUACGCAGUCUUACCCUAUAAUGAUAAUUCGAAUGAUAAUUCGGAUAAUUCAUCUAAUGUUAAAAAAAUUGAGAAAAAGAAUGCCGGUAAAAAGAUUUAUAAGAAAGGGUUUAACAUGAAGGCUCGCUUAAAUUUAUUUGGAAAAAGCUUUAUGAUCACAGCUAGUAUUAAUAAUGGACAAGAAAUAAUAAUCGAAGCAAUUCGUGACGAAAGAGAAUCUGAGAUAGAUCUCAAAUUUGUCAUAUUAAGUGAUUAUAAAUUAAUGAUACAAAAAAAUCUUAAUAAAAUCAUCAUUAAGAUGAAAGGAUUAGAAGGUUUCAUCAAAUCUAAUGAAUAUAUUUUUGGAACAAAACCAACGCUUGAUGUAUAUUGGUCUAAAAAGGAUGGAUUUGUUAUUACUAACUGGCCGAUAAUUAUUGAUAAAUUAAUUUGGAAAGCAAAAGAUUUUGCAAAAUUAAUUAAAGAAAUUUCGAGGUCUGCUCUUUGUACAACAAUUGAUGAACUUGAAUUUAAUGAAGAAUUUGAAGGAAAGUUUGAAAUAGAAUCAAAACAACAUCUUCCUAAAAGUCCAGAAAAGGCCUUUUCUCUUGAUUUGAGUGGACAUUACGUAAUUACCAUCAAAGUUUUAAACAAAGAACCAACUAUUAUUGACAUUCCCAUAACAUCUUUCCGAUUUGAUAUAGACUAUCCAAACCCAAAGGUUGAUGAUAUACCAAAUUAUUUGAUAAACUUUUUAGAAAAUAAUCUUAUUAAAUCACUUUUGGGUGAGUUAUUAACAAAUUCUGAAAAAUUAGCCAACUUCUUGAGUGCGCUAGCAGAAAUUACUAUCUUGAAUUUAAGUAAAUCAGCUAUAACCGGAUUUAUUUGCAAAGGAAUUGACAAAAUUAGUCAUUAUAUACGAAAAAAAUUAAAAAUGCGUGCCAAUAAAAUUGCAUUAAGUAAAAAAAUCAAUGAACCAGAGUUAAUUAAUGGUAUAAAUAAACUUAAAAAUUUAAUGUCAUUAAGUGAAGUAGCUUCAGAAGCUGCGUUGCUAUUCGCCACAAUUUCUGGAAAUUUAAGCAUCAUCACCGAAUUGAUUCUCUGGCUCACAGUAGAUCUCAAAGAACUCUUUGGUGGUAAAAAAUCAAAAGGUGAAAAAUACUUGGAUGAUAAAAAAAGUGAUCUGGAAAAAUAUAAACAAGAAAUAAAAAAUUUAGUAGGUGAAUUUUUGAAUAUGAAGAAUUCUCUUCUAAGAUUAGAGUUUAACUCUGAAAACCGAUUGAAUAUUAAUUGGUGUCUUCCGACCAAAGUAAAAGAUUAUAAAAAAACUAGUGAAAUUGAGUAUGAUUUGCUGAUUGAAACCAAGAGCACGGGUAAACCACGGAAAGAAACAGUGAUUGGAAGAUUGGGUUAUAUGUUGACAGAUAAUGAAUUAAUAAUGUCCAAUAUGGUUACAGUUACAGUAACCGCAGCAAUUUGUGUUUGCAAAAUUCGUUGCUUAGGAUUGGAAUCAAAAACUAAAAGCGUUUAUCAUAAAGUUACGUUGCCUCCACCAAUUAUAUCCAAAACCGAUUAUAACUCACAAAGCAAGAAGCUCAAUAUAAUUAUUACUUCCAAUAAAUGUGACAGUUUGGAAUACUUUUAUGAGUUAUUCAAUACAUGUAAUAGUCAAUCGGUCUACAGCAAUACUAUUGGCGCAAGCACUGAAAGCAAAGAUACCAGAUUGAUAAUAGAUACUACAGAACUAAAUGGAGACGGGGGAGUUUAUAUAAUUCGUUUACAAUCUCGAGCAUCUGGUUGGCAAGAUAGUAUAUUUGUAUCAUCUAAAGAAAUGUCGAGAAUGUCACCUCCUGAGUCGGUCACGUUCAAAUAUGAUUCAAACACUGAUAAAAUUUUGAUUUCAGUGAAAGAAUCAAAAGAUACACGACAUUUACUCGGGUAUGCCUAUUUAGUAAAAAACAAAAAAAUUGUUUAUUCUUCACCACCUGAACACAUCACGCCCUUGGUAAAUUUACCAGAAUUAUCAUUAGAUACCAUUAGACGAUUUACAACGAACCCUACUGAACCACACUUUAUUUGCGUUAAAGCUUUUACCAAAGACACGAAUUGGAUGGACUCUAGCUAUAUUUCAUCUCAAGAAUUUUUCAGAUUUCUUCCUUGUACAGAUAAAAUUGAAGGAAAAUAUAAUUCAGAUUCUAAAAUCCUUACAAUCUCAUGGAACCCUAUCAAAGAUUCUUUGCAUUAUCGAGUUAUUUUGCAUGCUUCCUUUCCAACCGAUCCAAAUGAUUCGAAUUAUAAGAAGAAAUAUAUUAUCAAAUCUGUCUCAACAAAAUCAAUACCUUUAAUAACAUUCAAUAUCAUGGAACUUGAAAACGAUAUUAAAAAAAUACUUUCUUUGACAACAAAUCGAAUUUUAAAUUACGAUAUUACUGUUCAAGGAAUUAAUGGAACGUCAAUCAAAAGGUUAAACGGAUUAUUAAAGGCUGUCCGUUUUGUUCAACUACCAAGUCCUACUAAUGUCAAAAUCAAUAAAGAUUCAAACAAACUAAUGGUUACCUACAAACCUAUUUCUCUUUCAAGUCAAGAUUUAAAGAACUUUAAAGGAUAUAGAGCGAUGAUAUAUAACAUACGACCAUCAAAUAAAGUAUUAGUGGAUCAAUCAGAUUUUACAACUUUGAACUUUGUUGAAUUUGAUCUCAGCAAAAUCAAAGCAAAUGAAAUUUAUCAAGCUCAAGUAUAUGCUGCUUCAUCGAGUGACCAAAUGAUUGACAGUUUUCCAGAAAAGUCGAAAGAAACAAUAGAGCGUUUACCUCCGCCGAAAGAUUUACAAAUACGGUAUAAUAUGUACGAUGAUAAAACACCUUUUCACAUAUAUGGUACCGUUGAUCCCAAAGUAAGUAAAUGUAUGGUUGGUAUUAAAGAUGAAGAAACAGGUCAAAAAAUAGAAUCACCAUAUUCGAUAAUCCCAUCAAAAGACCAAAGUAUAUUUGUUAAAUUACCAUCCCUUAAUUCACAUGCUAAAAUAUAUGCCUAUGCAAGAUCUAUUGGAACCGAUAGACAAUUUGAUAGUAUUGAUAUAAAAUCUGAAACUGCAAUUCAUAAAUAUAAAGCUCCUGAAAAUGUCCGACAUGAAGUAAAAGAUAAUAAAUUUGUCGUAAAUUAUCUAGUUCGAUAUCGAGGUCGUUAUUCUGUCCAAGUUAUUGAUACUGCUCAAGAAAGAAUUCCAGAGUAUGACACUGCUAAAUUUAUCGCUAGCGAUUGGCAGAUAUCUGAAAGUAAGCCAUUAUCAAUUAAUCGUAUCUGGGCUAUUUCAGAUGAUUUUAAUACGGAAGAAAAUCCUAGUCCACCGUGGUCUUAUGGUGAAAAAAUUUUAGAAAGUUUAAAAGGUUCUGAAGAUUUUGUAAUUUCCAAAUUUGUCCUUUUCAAACAAUUAGAUAACGUUCAAAAUGGUUCUGGAUUAGUAGUUUGGAAUUCUGGUAAUCAAGAUUAUAAAUAUCGUGAUAAAAACUCUUGUAUUUAUUACAAUCCAGAAUUAAAUCCCAUAAUUAUCAAGUUUGAUGAAGAAUUCGAAGAAAUUUUAUUUCAACCUAAAAAUAUUUUAAUGAGAUCACCUACAAAUUUUAUAAGUAAUAAAAGGUGCAAUAUCAGGUUUACUGCGCCACAGAAAGGAUCUUAUUACAUUAAUGCAAGGUUUUAUGCAAUAACUUCAAAAUAUAAAAAAGCAUACGUCUAUAUAAUUCAUAAUGAUGAUAAUCGUAUUUGGGAAAAUGCAAUUUCUAAGGGAGAUGUUAAAACCAUAGAAAAUUUAUACCCUGUGUUAAAUAAAUAUGAUACGAUUGAUUUUAUGACAGAACCUGGCACUGAAAUAUUUUUAGAAGCACAAAUUAAAUUAUUUAAACCAAAACCAGCGAGAAAUCAUCCAAAAACCCUUGUAGCAGAACGUCUCAUAUUUCCACUUCAACAAGAAAAUCAACAAUUAAAUUUUGGUAGUGAUGAUUCAGAAAAAUUUGUUGGUUCAAUAUUAGGACCGUUUAAAGAUUCAUUUCCUAAUCCAACACCUGGUUAUAUUCGUGAGUUCAUAAUACGUAUAAUUUAUUUUAAAGAACGUCAUGAAGGAGAUUCUAAUUUUGAGAUUAGAUUUAAUACGUCUGAGAAACCAGUUUUUAAAUUAAAACCUUCUGGGAUGAAAUUAGAUUAUAAGGAGUGUUUACAAUCAGAUCCUAUUAGAUUUGGUAAUGGUUUGUCUAAGGAUAUAGAUCGAUCCAAUGGUGAUUGCUAUGUAAGAUAUAUACAAGAUGUACAAAAUACUCGGCUUAAAAAUAAACAAUCCACGAGAGCGACAAUCUAUCGGAUUGAAAUUGAAGCGCACGAUAUUUUACCGCCUAUGGCUGAAUUAUUAAACGAUGAUUUAUCGGAAAUUCAAGCUCAACCCACUCUUGGCUAUAAGGUUGGCGAAAGGCACAUUUUUCCAAUAGAAUUAAGCAAUACUAAUUUUAAAAGUGAGAAUAAUAAUUCUCGGCAGAAAGUUAUCGCAAAUUUAAACAAUCCAUUUGGGUCAUUCUUUGCAGAUCCACAGGAAGAUUAUAUCAGAAAAUAUCGACUUCGUUCUAUUUAUAAAACAUGGAAUUUGAAAUUUAAAAGUAAUAUAUUUGUACGAUUUAAUGUGCAAGAUAGAGUAAUGGCAACAUUUACACUUCCAGUAUUAUCGAGUUCUCAGGAAAGUAAUGUACUCAAGUUUUCUGAUGAACAUCUUUUUGAAGAUGGUCAUAUUCCCCAAGAUGAUAUGACCGUUACUAUUGAAUGGGAUUCAAUCAAAUUCGACAAUAUUCCUAUCAAAUUUUAUGAUCUGGUUUUAGAAGCAUACGAUUUCCCGACCUUCAAUUCACCUCCAAGAUUACCACUACAUUCUAUUCUAGCUGGGGAAAGACUAAUAUUUUCGAGUAGUCAUGAACCAAUAAAAUUUCCUGAUCCACAAUUUAACCAUAUUUUGUAUAUAGUAUCACCAUUUAAUGGUAAUAUUUCGAGCCCACCACAAAAUUGGAAAAGAAUGUAUAGAAUUAGGAUAAUAUAUUCAGAUAAAGGACCAAAUUAUGGAGAUUAUAUAGAAAUAAGUUUUCAAACAAGAUCCAAUCCAAUAUUUAAAUUCUCAAGAUCGAAAAAAACGCGUGAUAUCAUUAAAAAUUCUUGCGAUUACAGUUGUUGGUAUCAAUUCGGUACUGGAGUGACAGAAUCGAUUGACAAGGAUGAUGGUGAAGUUUUUAUAAGGUUUAAUAGCAAAGAAUGUAAUAGCGUAACCAUUUAUGAACUUGUUUUAGAAGCGUAUGAUUAUUUAGUAUAA